CCGGCGUGCGCCGGUCCUCGAGCUCACCAGAGAAGAGCGAUGGGCAGCCCGGCGCCGCCCGGCGCCUCACACGGCCUGUUCGGGUCGAGCGGCGUCGGCGGGUUCGGCUACGGCCUCGCCGUCUCCGUCGGCAUCCUCCUCAUCGUCCUCACCAUCGCGCUCGCCGUCUACCUCUGCUGCGCCCGCGCCUCGUCCAUGCCCGUGGCCGCCGCGGCAGCCAUCAACGCCGACGGGAUUCCACCUCGUCGCGAUGUCGAGAUCGGCGGUAUCGACGCGGCGACGCUGGAGGCGUACCCGGCGGUGGUCUACGGGGAGGCGAGGAAGCCGGCCACGGAGGAGCAGCAGCCGGCGUGCUGCGCCGUCUGCCUGGAGAGGUACGCGGACAGCGACGUGGUCCGGGUGCUGCCGGACUGCGGCCACCUGUUCCACCGCGGGUGCGUCGACCCCUGGCUCCGGCAGCGGCCGACGUGCCCGGUGUGCCGGACGUCGCCUCUGCCCAGCCCCGUGCCCACGCCUCUCGCCGAGGUGACGCCGCUGGCGCUGGUGAGGGUGAUGCCGGCGUGAGGCGAGCCCCUGGUGUCUCUUCGUAGACGUGGCGUUCUUCACCUCUUCUGGGCUUGCUCUGUGUUUUUCUUUUGUUGGACAGAUAGAGACAGGCUGCUCUUUGUUUUCUUCCCAUCUCCAUUAAUUUUAUGUAUACGGCGAGA